AGUUAAGUUCUAGCGUCCGAUACCGGAGAGAAUUACUAUUAAAUUAAAAGCAACAAAAGAAACAACAUUUCUGCGUAUUAAAUCAGAACCCAUUCCGUUAAAAAAAAAAGAUAAAGAAACGCUUGAAUCUUGUGGAUUAUUAUUGGAUUUCAAUUUCUAUUUGGAUUUGACUGUUUCUCUCUGCUCUUUUCAUUCAACAGGUAAAAACCAGUUUCACCAUGAAGUUGACAGGAAUCUUUCUGCUAUUGAUGCUUUGGACCUGCGAGAGCGUACGAGUUGCAGAGAGCCGAGACGACAAUAGCGUGUACGACCUAUUCGAGCUGGUCCACGUCUCCAAGAAGAACCACGGAGUGACCCUAGUGAAGGGCGACGACCCAUACAGUCCCGCCUACAAGAUCCUCAACCCGGACCUGAUCCCCGAGGUCCCCGAGAGCUCCUUCAGGGACCUCAUUGAUUCCAUCCACGCGGAGAGGGGAUUCCUUCUCCUCCUCAACUUCAAGCAGUUCAAGCGGACCAGGGGCUCCCUCCUGACGGUGGAAAAGCGUGACGGAUCCGGAGCCGUGUUCGAGAUCGUCUCCAACGGGAAAGCGAACACCCUGGAUGUGGUUUUCUCUACAGUGAAUAAGCAACAGGUGGUGUCGAUAGAAGAUGUGGACUUGGCGACGGGCCACUGGAAGAAUAUUACGCUGUUCGUGCAGGAGGACCGGGCGCAGCUGUAUGUUGGCUGUGAGGAGGUGAACACAGCGGAACUGGACGCUCCCAUCCAGAGCAUCCUCACUCAGGAGACUCCCAUCACGGCGCGUCUCAGAAUCGGGAAAGGAGCGGUGAAGGACCGGUUCAUGGGGGUGCUCCAAAACGUUCGUUUUGUCUUUGGAACCACUUUAGAAGCGAUACUGCGCAACAAAGGAUGCCAAAACUCUGUUCUGACUGAUAGAAUCAUCGUUAUGGACAACCCCAUCAAUGGGUCCAGCCCUGCCAUUAGGACUGACUACACUGGCCACAAAAGUAAAGACCUGCAGAUGAUCUGUGGGUUCUCCUGUGAGGACCUGGCUGGCAUGUUCAAGGAAUUGAAGGGGCUGGGAGUGGUGGUGAAGGAGCUGUCUAACGAGCUGCGCAAAGUGACGGAUGAGAACAAGCUGUUGAUGAACAGAGCGGGGAUCCACAGUGGAGUCUGUCUGCACAACGGCAUCGUCCACAAGAACAAGGCCGAGUGGACCGUCGACGACUGCACUGAGUGCACUUGUCAGAACUCUGCCACCGUAUGCCGCAAGAUCUCCUGCCCACUGAUCCCCUGUGCCAACGCCACCGUGUCUGAUGGAGAGUGUUGCCCGCGCUGUGGAACACUGAGUGACUAUGCGGAGGACGGCUGGUCCCUCUGGUCUGAAUGGACACACUGUUCCGUGUCUUGUGGGCGGGGCAUUCAGCAGAGGGGCCGUUCCUGCGACCGCAUCAACAACAACUGCGAGGGAACCUCCGUCCAAACCAGGGACUGCUACCUUCAGGAGUGUGACAAACGCUUCAAGCAGGACGGCGCCUGGAGCCACUGGUCCCCCUGGUCUUCCUGCUCGGUCACCUGUGGGGCGGGUGUCAUCACCCGUAUUCGCCUCUGCAACUCCCCCACACCCCAGCUGGGAGGCAAGGACUGCCAAGGAGAGGGAAGACAGACCGAGAAGUGCACCAAGUCACCCUGCCCCGUCAACGGUAACUGGGGACCCUGGUCGCUAUGGGAUACCUGCUCUUCCACCUGUGGGGGAGGAGCCCAGACACGUAAACGUCUCUGCAACGACCCCGCCCCCAAAUAUGGUGGCAAGGAGUGCCAGGGUGACUCCAAGGCCACUCAGCUGUGCAACAGGAACGCCUGUCCCGUCGAUGGUUGUCUGUCUAACCCCUGCUUUCCUGGGACCAAGUGCACCAGCGUUCCCGAUGGAACAUGGAGUUGUGGGAAAUGCCCCACUGGUUACUCUGGUGACGGCAUCAAGUGCAAGGACAUUGACGAGUGUAAAGAGGUUCCUGACGCUUGCUUCGUGUUCAACGGAGUCCACCGCUGUGAGAACACUGACCCUGGUUACAACUGUCUGCCCUGUCCCGCACGCUACUCUGGACCUCAGCCCUUCGGCAGGGGAGUGGAGGAGGCCACCGCCAAGAAACAGGUGUGUACACCACGUAACCCCUGCUUGGAUGGGAGCCACGACUGCAACAAGAACGCACGCUGUAACUACCUGGGACACUUUGCCGAUCCCAUGUACCGCUGUGAGUGUAAGCCUGGCUAUGCCGGAAACGGACACAUCUGUGGUGAGGACACGGACCUGGACGGAUGGCCCAACCAAGACCUGGUCUGUGUGGAGAACGCCACCUACCACUGCAAGAAGGACAACUGCCCCAACCUUCCCAACUCAGGCCAAGAAGACUACGACAAGGAUGGUGUUGGUGACGCGUGUGACAACGAUGAUGACAACGAUGGCAUUCCUGACGACAGGGAUAACUGCCCGUUCGUGUACAACCCCAGGCAAUAUGACUAUGACAGAGAUGAUGUUGGAGAUCGUUGUGAUAACUGUCCUUACAACAGCAACCCUGACCAGACUGACACAGACAACAACGGGGAAGGAGACGCCUGCUCUGUGGACAUUGAUGGAGAUGGUAUUCUGAAUGAGAAAGACAACUGCCCGUACGUCUACAACGUGGACCAGCGAGACACUGACCUGGAUGGUGUGGGAGACAUGUGUGACAACUGUCCUCUGGAACACAACCCUGACCAGGUUGACUCUGAUGACGACCGUGUGGGAGACAAGUGUGACAGCAACCAGGACAUCGAUGAGGACGGCCACCAGAAUAACCUGGACAACUGCCCCUACAUCCCCAACGCUAACCAGGCCGACCAUGACAAAGACGGCAAGGGAGACGCCUGCGACCACGAUGACGACAACGACGGGAUCCCUGAUGAGAAAGACAACUGCAGACUGGCCUUCAACCCUGACCAGCUCGACUCUGAUGGUGACGGUCGCGGAGAUGUUUGCAAAGAUGAUUUUGACCAAGACAACGUCCCUGACAUCUACGACGUGUGUCCGGAGAACUUUGACAUCAGCGAAACGGACUUCAGGAAGUUCCAGAUGGUUCCCCUGGACCCCAAGGGAACGUCCCAGAUUGACCCCAACUGGGUGGUCAGACAUCAAGGCAAAGAGCUGGUCCAGACCGUCAACUGUGACCCUGGCAUUGCUGUUGGUUUUGAUGAGUUCAACUCUGUGGACUUCAGUGGUACCUUCUUCAUCAACACAGAGCGAGAUGAUGACUACGCCGGCUUUGUGUUCGGCUACCAGUCCAGCUCCAGGUUCUACGUGGUGAUGUGGAAGCAGAUCACACAGACCUACUGGAACAACAAACCCACCAAGGCUCAGGGAUACUCAGGACUGUCCAUCAAGGUGGUCAACUCUACUACUGGACCUGGAGAGCACCUCAGGAACGCUCUCUGGCACACGGGCAACACCCCAGGACAGGUGAGGACUCUGUGGCAUGACCCUAAGAAUGUUGGCUGGAAAGACUUCACAGCCUACAGAUGGCACCUGAUCCACAGACCAAGAACAGGACACAUCAGAGUGGUCAUGUACGAGGGGAAGAGGAUCAUGAAGGAUUCCGGGAGCGUAUACGACAAGACGUACGCAGGCGGAAGACUAGGUCUCUUUGUCUUCUCGCAAGAGAUGGUAUACUUCUCAGACCUCAAGUAUGAAUGCAGAGAUGCAUAAUUGCACGGAGCAGGAAGCUCUUGGAACAAUGCACCUUUCUGUAUAAAUAUGAACGAUAUGUAUUCCAAUACAAUGUCCAGGGACUGUUUUUUUCUACUCCUCUUUUCUUCUGCGGGACUCACACUGAAGGGGUAAAUUGGGGGUAAAUUGAUGCUGGUUUGGACAGAGAACCAUCCGGGUGACUGCCAGUCGAAGAUCAGAGAAGCUACACCUACCCACCCAGAGCAUGUAGAGACGGGGAAAAAAACAGCCCGUUUGCUUGGCCUGAGUGAGAGACUGACCGAUGUUCCCAACCGUCCGGCGAUCUCUCUCUGAUCUGAAAGACCUCAUUCAUCCCUGUGCGGGGAAAGUCUCCCGAUGGACAACUAUGCACUUCCAAACUUUUACAUCUCUCUCUCGCUAUCCCUCUUUCUAUCCAUCUCUCUCUCGCUAUCCCUCUUUCUAUCCAUCUCUCUCUCGCUAUCCCUCUUUCUAUCCAUCUCUCUCUCGCUAUCCCUCUUUCUAUCCAUCUCUCUCUCGCUAUCCCUCUUUCUAUCCAUCUCUUUUUUGUUCUGGAAUGGACGUCCCAAAGAAAGACUAUGUGAUGUUCUGUUUAUAGAAAAAGAAAUCUAGGCGGAUGUAGGUUCUGAACGAUACAACUCUGAUGAUGAGGGGUGUUUGGCUCAGUGGUUGAAGAACGCAAUAAGACUUUUUUACUUUAAGUUUUGUCAGGAAAGGACUUGUAGUCCUUGGAAGUCAGUUGCGUAACAACAAGAUAUGGAGGAUGGUGUAUGUAUGAUGUAUAUACGUAUGUUUGUGUGUAAAUAAGAAGACAUUUAACGCUUGCUUUUACCCCUCUAUAUAUGUUCCCUUGGAGACAAAAGAAAACAAACCAAAAUUAAAACGAGCCAAAAUACUUUUUUGUCAAAUACAUGAUUGCUUGUAGGCUUUGUGGCUGGCAUUAAAUUGAUAUAGUUCAGUUGAAAUGGAACAUAGUGAUACUCAGGGUAAGAUGGGAGCGGCCAUCUUAGCAUAUCAAACCAUUGCAGAAAAUGACAUGGGAGGGCCAAUUAAAAAAGGGCAUUGUCAGUGCCAGUAAAUCAAAGCCAUUCUGUCUAUUACGACACUUUCCAUUUCGAACAUUAAAUGUUACAAAUAUUUUGUUAAUUUAUUUUACAAAUGUAAAAAGAUCAAAUUAGAAACAUUGAACAUCUUUAGAAGCUUAAAAAAAUUAAAUUUUGUUUGACGGUUGAGUUGAAGUAGCUAAAGUAGCCUAAUGUGAUUAGCAUGAAGUUGUAAGUAACAAGAACAUUUCCCAGGACAUAGACAUAUCUGAUAUUGGAAGAAAGCUUAAAUUCUUGUUAAUAUAACUGCACUGUCCAAUUUACAAAAGCUAUUACAAUGAAAUAAUACCAUGCUACUGUUUGAAGAAAGUGCACAGUUGUGAACUUAAAUUUUUUUUAAUAAACCAAAUAAGCACAUUUAGAAAGUCUUAAAACAAAAAUGCAAUGGUUCAUUGGAUCAGUCUAAAACGUUGCACAAGCACUGCUGCCAUCUAGUGGCCAAAAUCUCAAUUGCGCCUUGGCUUUAAUAAUACAUUAUGGCCUUUCUCUUGCAUUUCAAAAAUGAUGGUACGAAAAAGUACAAAUGAAACGCAUGUUUUUUCUUUGUAUAAUCUUUUUCCCAGAUUUAAUAUGUUAUAUUCUCCUACAUUAACUUAACAUUUUCACAAACUUCAAAGUGUUUCCUUUCAAAUGUCAUCAAUAAUAUGCAUAUCCUUGCUUCAGGUCCUGAGCUACAGGCAAAUAGAUUUGGGUAUGUCAUUUUAGGCAAAAAAUACUUUGAGGAAGUAAAGACUAUUCCCCAGUGUUCAAGGUGUAAACUGAUCCAGAGUCAGUCAGACUGGUGCCUUUGGUGUCAGAAGUGGGAUCUUACUCUAAUCCCAUUAUAGCCAUGGUUAGAACUAGGGCAUCUGACUCAGAAUGGCAUGUAUGUGACCGGUGUAUCCUUUUCUUCUGAGAUUAAAAACAAAGGAACCUUUGAUGUACACAUAAUACCUCAUUGCUGUUGUAUAAUUAAUUUGAUCGAGAAAAAAAAAGAAGAUGUUUUUCUUUUUUUUCAUUGUACGCUUACAGAAUACGAAUGGAUCAACAUCUUAUUGCUACUGUACCAUGAAUCUGUAAAUAUUACUACUUUUCUUUUCAAAACAGACCCACCCCCCCCGCCCAACACCCCCCUACAGUAAAAAAAAAAACAGUCAAAUGGGAGAGUUGUUUUUAUAUACAUAUUCUAUUUUUGCUUUUGUGUCUUUUGUCCAGUGCUCUUUUAAUGGAUAAAGUAUUGUUCUGUUUUGCUUUGUCUUUGCUGUUCUGUGUGUGAGAGAUCGUUUCGUGUAGAUAAAUGCUAUUUAAAUAAUUUAUCAGGAUUCGCUGCCUGCGGAAGGGGGCGUGUCCGUAUGUAUAAACGGUUUGCACACUGACAUGAGGAUGUUCUGUUUAUCGUUUAUAUUUUUAUUUUUACCGUUAUUUUUGUACAAUUUAGUGAGGCUUUGUUGUCUGUAAACAUUUUUACUUAGUUGUGCAGUGUUUUAAAAAAUGAUGUUUUUAUCCAUAGCAAUUAUUUUGUUAUAUAUAUAUAUACUUCAGAAACAAUAAAUAGUUGUUGAAAUCCA